AUGACAUGGCUUCGCAUCAAGCAAAACACCAGAAAAGGAGAGGGCGUCAAUCGUCUAACUACGUUACAGGGCAAUAAUGAGUUGUUCGUUCAGAAAGAAGCACUACACAGUCCUUGCCGAAGAGAAAUACAAGUAAACGAUCGUAAACGGAAGCGAGCCUGGGAAUCUGAGCAGCCACUGCUGCGUCCAGCCAGGCGCCUUGAAAAACGACAGUGUAUGAGCCCUACCAACUCUGGCGACGACGCAGUCCACAGAAUAAAGGAACACGGGAGCAUCAAUCGCCCUUCAACCAGAGCCAUCGAUCUAGAGAAGAACGAGACUGGAGUUAUUCACAUUAUAGAUGAAUUAAUUGUUCCGUCAGCAGAGAAUGCAAUCAACCUCAGUCACAGCGUAUUCCCACAUUUGGUUGUCAGUGUGAAUGGUGCUUGGGAUGGGUCAAUUUCUCUUGACAAAUCUCAGCAAUUGGCAUAG